UAUAUCGAAAUUCCAAAGGUACCCCUAUAUUUUUCUUCCAUCCAAAACCAACCCAAACCAGCGUUCUCCUCCAUCCACACUCUCUCUACCUCCUGCUUCUCCAAUGGCUUCCUUAUCCUUCGUCUCCUCCUCUCGCUUAUCCCUGCGUACACAUUCUCUUACGCUUCGCACUUCCUCCCGAACCUCCGUCUCAUUCUCCGUAAAGGCCCAAUCCGUAGCCCUUUCUCAGGAUGACCUGAAGAAGCUAGCGGCGGAGAAGGCCGUCGAGUCAAUCAAAUCCGGGAUGGUUCUCGGGCUCGGAACCGGAUCGACCGCCGCCUUCGCCGUUGAUCAAAUCGGAAAACUCCUCGCCUCCGGCGAACUCUCCGAUAUCGUCGGAAUCCCAACGUCGAAGCGUACGGAGGAGCAGGCGCGAGCGUUAGGGAUCCCGCUCGUGGCGCUCGACACGCAUCCGCGGAUAGAUCUCGCGAUCGACGGAGCCGACGAGGUGGAUCCGAAUUUGGAUCUGGUCAAAGGUCGUGGUGGUGCUUUACUCCGGGAGAAAAUGGUGGAGGCGGUGGCGGAGAAAUUCAUAGUGGUGGCGGACGACACGAAACUCGUCGACGGACUCGGUGGGAGUGGAUUGGCGAUGCCGGUGGAGGUGGUUCAGUUUUGCUGGGAGUUUAACCUAAUUAGAUUGCAGGAUCUGUUCAAGGAAUUCGAUUGUCAAGCGAAGCUGAGAAUCGACGGAGAUGGGAAGCCUUACGUGACUGAUAACAGCAAUUACAUUGUGGAUUUGUACUUCAAGCAGCCGUUGAAAGACGGUUUCGCGGCGGCGAAGGAGAUCGAGAAGUUUCAGGGAGUGGUGGAGCACGGUCUGUUUCUGGGAAUGGCUACGUCGGUGAUUAUCGCCGGGAAGAAUGGCGUCGAAGUUAUGAGCAAGUGAAGUGACGACGAAUUCAAAAUGUUAUUCUUCUUCUUCUGUAUAUUAACUGUACUAAAUUGAGCUGUGGGAAAUUUUGUGAUGUGAAUUUGAAUAAAAUUAUCAAUUUCGCCUUCAAAA